UCCAGCUCAGGUCGACAAGUUGCCAACUCGCUCUUACGAUCUACGGGGCCAUCCAGCCUUACCUGCACAUCCAGGUGAAACAAAAGGGGUCCAUCUCACGACGAUGGAGGUCCAGGAUGCAUGGCAGGAAAAGGUUCGCUUAAAGCGAGAGACCCGGACGCGGGCACUAGCCACCCUAUCAGAUGAAGAUUUUCGGGGCGUCGACCUAUCCGUCGUGGAAGAGGGCGAUAUCGGGGCCUUGGUGGGAUCCAUCGCCCGCGGCGAGCUGAGUUCCGAGGCCGUAACGAAGGCAUAUAUUCACAACUUCACCGAAAUCUUCUUCCAGGAGGCCCUCGCGCAGGCUCGUAAGCUAGACCGCUAUGUGGCCGAGCACGGGAGGCUGGUUGGUCCGUUGCACGGCGUCCCCGUCACCCUGAAAGACCAAUUUAAUGUCAAGGGCCACGAUACCACGCUAGGAUAUGUCGGCCGCACCUUCAAGCCUGUCGCCGAGGAUGCGGUCCUGGUCGGCAUGCUCAAGCAGCUUGGCGCUGUCGUGCUGGCCAAAACAAAUCUCCCCCAGAGUAUAAUGUGGUGCGAGACGGAGAACCCGAUCUGGGGUCUUACCACGAACCCGGCGUCCAAGGAUUACACCCCAGGAGGUUCGACAGGGGGCGAGGCCGCGCUUCUGAGUCUCCACGGCAGUCUCCUCGGCUGGGGAACGGACAUCGGCGGUAGCAUCAGAAUACCCUCCCACAUGAUGGGCCUGUACGGCCUGAAGCCUAGCAGUGCGCGGCUUCCGUAUUACGGGGUUCCCGUAUCGACCGAAGGACAGGAGCAUGUCCCUUCGUCGAUAGGACCGAUAGCGCGGACGCUGCCGUCGUUGGUGUUGGUAAUGAAGGAGUUGAUCAAGAUCCGACCGUGGGAACGCGAUGCGCGGUGCGCGCCUAUACCCUGGAGAGAAGACACCUUUCGGGAGGGAGGGUCCACACCGCUGACUAUCGGCUUGCUCCUCGACGAUGGCGUAGUUCGCCCGCACCCGCCGAUACGGCGAGUGCUCCUUUCGCUAGUCGAGAAGCUCCAAGAUGCCGGCCACGAUAUUAUCGAGUGGAACGCUGACCUCCACCCUGAAUGCAUACAGGUCAUGGAUGAAUUCUACUCGGCUGACGGCGGGGAGGACAUUCGUCGCGACGUCCUAGCCGGCGGAGAACCCUUCAUCCCCCACGUAGAGGGGUUGAUCAACAGGGGGAAGCCCAUCUCCGUGUACGACUACUGGCAGCUAAACAAGCGCAAGAUCGAGCUCCAGCAGGCCUACCUCCGAAAGUGGGACGGGAUCAGGUCCCCGAGGACGGGCAAGCCAGUCGACGUAGUGCUGAUGCCGACCAUGCCUCACACGGCCGUGCCGCACCGCUCGUGCCGGUGGGUAGGGUAUACCAAGGUAUGGAAUGUGCUGGACUACCCGGCGCUGGUGAUCCCAGCGGGCACGGUGGCUGCUGUCGACAGGGAGGCGCCGUGGGGGGACGACGCGCCGAGGAACGCGCUCGACGAGUGGAACGCAGCGCUGUGGACGCAGAACCGGGAGCGAAUGGUCGAGUUGGCGCUACCGGUCGGCGUGCAGGUCGUCGCGCGGAAGCUCGAGGAAGAGAGGCUGCUAGCCGUCGGCACGGUCAUCGACGAGGCGCUUCGGGCAGAGCCGUUUGAUGGCGAGUGGUUUACGACGACAGUUGUAGCGUAGGUGCAGCCAAUAAGGGCGCAUUCAGGUGCUAGCGCAGCGCAGGUGGAAUGGAGAAUUCGAUUCCUGCUCGCCUAGAU